AUGAGUUCACCAGGUCAACACCGGCCGCCACCGGCACGGCCACCGCCGCCAACGCAAGCACAGCAGCACCCCGCGUCCCAGCCUGAGCGCGAGGCGGAGGUCUCAGAGGAGCUGUUUCCCGUGCCACCGCCUCGUUCCCAAGGAUCGGCUGUGGCGGCACCCCGUAGUGCAGUCGGUGAACUUGAUGGCGUGCAUGGCGAGGACCACGACUACCUCACGCCAAGACCAGCCGAAGGUACUGCCACCGAGGACAGCGAUGACGAUUUGUUGCACGAGUACGACUUUGUGGACGUGCCUUCCGAGGGUGGGGCUGACAUCGAUGGUCAUGAGAGCGAGGUCGAGGCAGCUCCAUUGACUACACAGACACCCGAGGUCCCGGUGACCGCCCCACUGACACAAAAAGGCUACCUGGCCAUGUUGAGAGACGAAGCAGCCCAUGCCCAGCUCUUCUGGAUUGACGUGCUGACGGCCGCGCGGGCCAAGCACGGCCAAGAUGAGCCACCAGUGGCCGAUGUGCCGGAGAAGGCGUCCCCAAACUAUAGCUCCAAGCUGCUGAUGAGCAACAUGCAGCGUCUGCGCACGGCUACAGAGCCCUUUUUCCAGAUGGCAGCCCAACUGCGCAUUCUUGCGAGCUGGCAUCGUCCCGUUGAAACAGGCUUUUGCCUUUGCCUCUACAUCUUUGGCUGCUACAACCAGCUGCUCGUACCCUUGGCUCUGGCUUGGAUCCUAGUCCUGCUCCUCCGGGGCUACCUCCGCCACGAAGGCUAUCUUCCAAAAGCCACACCUGCCAAGACUGAGAAGGACGAUGCUCUGGCAGCAGCAGCUAGCGGCGGCUUUAAAAUAUGGGAAAAGGUCAAGGUGGUGCGCAAGAUACAGAAUGGCACUGGCGAGGUGGCCGAUGCGCUGGAAAGGGUCAUCAAUCUCUUUACCUGGGCUGCGCCGCUGCAGACCUCCAAGAUUGCCACGGGCGUGGCCAUUUUACUGGGCGCCUGGCUGUUGCUUCCCACUUGGAUCAUCAUCCAAGCCGCCGAGAUCUACUUGGGCUAUCGCUUCUUUGUCAUCGAGGCCAUCUACAUCAACUUCCCAGAAGUGCGGCGCAAAUAUGCAAGCAGCAUCAUUGAUCAUGCCCCGACCAACGCCAUGAUCAAGCAAGCGGCGCAGUCGCGGGUCGACGGGGCCGUUCCUGCCGGCGCAGCGAUGUCAGCAACCUCUGUUCGUGAAACACGCAGCGGUCUAGCUUCCAUCGAGAACAUGAUUGCCCUCUUCAACGAGAAGGCACUGCUCUGCAAGGCCCACACAGAUUGA